GCUGGCAGUUCGGCCGCUUCCCCUCGGUGGGCUGGGUGCGACCAUGGAGGGCGAGCCGCCCCCACUGGAGGAUCGGAGGCAGCUGCAGGAGGAGUUGACCGAGUUCGUGGAGAGCUGCUGUCGGACGCUGCAGGAGGUCACGUCGUCCCUGGGCUGGAGCCUGGAUCGGCUGGACCCCGGGGAGGCGGCGGCAGCCGAGGAUGUUGUGAUAUGUCCUUAUGAUUUCAAUCAUCACAUGCCUAAAUCAUCUUUAGCAAAGCACAUGGUAUCAUGUAGAUUGAGGAAACUGGGCUACACCAAAGAAGAAGAGGAUAAAAUGUAUAAUUCUGAAUUCUUCUAUGAGAAUACGAAGAUACCUUCCAUCACUUUGAAUAAGGACUCACAAUUCCAGAUAAUUAAACAAGCUAGAACUGCAGUUGGAAAAGAUGGUGACUAUUAUAAUCAAAGGAUUUGUUCUUCAUUGCCUGUCGAAGUUCCUCUGAAUCACAAACGAUUUGUUUGUGAUCUGACCCAAGCUGAUCGUCUUGCCCUCUAUGAUUUUGUAAUUGAGGAGACAAAGAAAAAGCGCUCUGAUUCUCAAAUUAUCGAAAAUGACAGUGAUCUCUUUGUAGACUUGGCUGCAAAAGUCAAUCACGAUAAUAGUCGAAAAAGUCCAAAAUCUUACCUUGAAAUCUUGGCAGAAGUGAGGGAUUAUAAAAGAAGACGUCAAUCCUAUAGAGCUAAGAAUGUUCACAUAACCAAGAAAUCAUACACUGAAGUGAUUCGGGAUGUGAUAAAUGUGCACAUGGAAGAACUCAGUAAUAAUUGGCAAGAAGAGCAGGAAAAAGCAGAGGAUGAUGCUGAAAAGAGAGAAGAAAGGCGAUCAGCUUCAGUAGAUUCACGGCAGUCUGGUGGAAGCUAUUUGGAUGCUGAGUGUUCACGGCAUAGAAGGGAUCAGAGUAGGAGCCCACAUAAACGAAAAAGAAAUAAAGAUAAAGAUAAAAAUUGGGACUCAAGAAGGAGGAAAGAGAGGGAUAGGGAAAGACAUCAUAGUCAUAAAAGAAGAAAGCAAAAAGUAUAAAUGAAGUAUUCAUGCAUCUGUUAAUUAUGCUGAUGCCAAGAUAACCAAGAUGCUGAUAUUUUCAU